GUUCAGUACGCCUCGUGGGACGACGUGAACGUGCUGGCUCAUGGGCUGCUCCAGCUGGGCCACGGUCUCAAGGACCAUGUGGACAAGACCAAGGGACAGAUGAGGGACAUCACGGCCAAGCUCAAGUCCUUCGAUGGCACCGUGGCCGAGCUGAGCAAACUGACCCGCCAUCUGCAGGAGGAAGGGGACGCGCUGAGAGAGAAAGCCAAGCAGCUGGGCCACAGGGAGAAACAAGUGCUCAACACCUCGGCAGAGCCGCAGGCCCUGGCUGAGGAUAUGAGGACGGAGAGGGAGAGCACCCAGGACAGGGUAGGGAGACUGGAGAGGAAGGUGGACAUCCUUCUCAGGGACGCAGGUUCCAAUGAAGACAGAAACCGCAGCACCACUGAUGCACACACACUGCAGUGGAUGAUGGAGACUCAGAGUAGACGCAUUGACGACCUCGUGGAGAGAGUUCGUCAACAGCAGGAUAAACUGGACAAACAGAAUGUGCGCCUACAAGCUCUCCAGGCAGAGGUGAAGCAGAGGAGGCUGAAGUCUGUGGUCACGCGAAAAGUUGAAGACUUCUCAGUGGAUGGAAUGUUGGAACGUGCUAGUCCCUCAAAUGAGCUUCCUUCAGACUGCCAUGAGCUGUUCCUCAGAGGGGAAAAACAGAGUGGUGUAUACACCAUCAAGCCUCACGAUGCCAAGCCAUUUAAUGUCUUCUGUGAAAUGACCUCAGAACAUGGGUGGACAGUUAUCCAGAAACGUGAGGAUGGUUCCCUGGACUUUAACAGGUUAUGGAGUGACUACCAAAAUGGCUUUGGCAGUCUCAGAGGUGAAUUUUGGCUGGGUUUGGAGAAGAUGCUCUCUAUCUCAAAACAGAGACCACAUGUCUUGCAGAUUGAAUUAUCUGACUGGAGGGGCGAGACCCAGUCAGUGAGCUACUCCUUUCAACUGGAUGGAGAAGAGAGCAACUAUGCCCUGCAUGUGCAGCCGACCACACCCAGCAACCUGGAGAGUGCCUUGACGACAGGCCCCGACGGCCUCCCAUUUUCUACAGCAGACAGGGACCAGGACCUUAAGGAGGACGCCAACUGUGCUCUCCAGCUAUCAGGUGGCUGGUGGUUCAGCAACUGUGGUCACUCAAACCUGAAUGGUCGCUAUCAGAGUGGUCCCACUCUAGCCCAGAGACAUCACCGGAAGCAGGUGGUCUUCUGGAAGACUUGGCAUGGUCGCUACUACCCUUUGAAGACAACUGCAAUGAAGAUUACUCCAGCCAUCAAGUCCUAAGCUGUUUAAGAGAAACAGACUUAAACGGAAGCUAGUAACUAAGUCAAAAUCGAAGUAUAGUUCAUGCACCUAAAUAUGCUUUAAUGAGGAUGAGGUGUGAUGUAAAUGGUCCAAUAUGCAAAUACAUAGAGGAUGAUGUGUAGAUUGUUUUGAAGGACUGCAACUGCAACUCUACAAAUUGGAAACCCUGCUCUGCAUUUCUCAAACAUUUCAAACGAGAGAUUUUGAGGAUAGGAGUAGCUUUUUGAUUUUAUUCCCUCCGAUGUCGUAUUUUCCCACCCUGCUUCACACUGACAGUUUAUGACAAUGUUCUUUUGUAUUAUUACAACACGGAUGCUGAUACUGUAAAAAUGUAGCCUAGCACCAAGCCAGUUAUCUUGCCAACAUGUUUGCUUAUUUGAAUGAGGGACGUUAAGCUGUCACACUCCACAGUUAAGUGGAGAUUUAUUAUUUUGGUCACAUUGACUACACUAUGGGACUCCUGUAUAUAUAUCUAAGGUACUGUAUAUAAUAAUACUGUGUGAUGAUUUUUCUAACUGUUAUGACAUCUCUUAAUUUAAAGCACUUACAUUUUUUAUACUUGUAAUUUAUUGAAUCUUAUGUGGUUUAAGCUAUGUGAAACAGGAAAUAAGAAAUAUUAAAAAAUGUCAAUCCUGUAAAAUAAACCAGUCUCAAAAACAA